CCCAUUCUGUCACACUCACACCGAUCUCUGAAACACUUGCCAUCCUCAUUUUUUGAAAUCCUAGCUUUCCAAUGGCUCGCACCAAGCAAACCGCUCGCAAGUCCACCGGAGGCAAGGCUCCGAGGAAGCAAUUGGCCACAAAGGCUGCCCGGAAGUCCGCUCCAGCCACCGGCGGAGUGAAGAAGCCCCACAGGUUCAGGCCAGGGACGGUGGCCCUCCGAGAGAUCCGAAAGUACCAGAAAAGCACGGAGCUCCUGAUCCGAAAGCUCCCCUUUCAGCGUCUGGUCCGCGAGAUAGCUCAGGACUUUAAGACCGACCUGCGGUUCCAGAGCUCGGCCGUGGCGGCGCUUCAAGAGGCUGCGGAGGCGUACCUUGUGGGGCUCUUUGAGGACACCAACCUGUGCGCAAUCCACGCGAAACGUGUGACAAUCAUGCCGAAGGAUAUCCAGCUCGCAAGGCGCAUUAGGGGUGAGAGGGCUUAGGGGGGAAGCGAUUUGUAUAGGAAGAAUUGGCAUAUUCUAGAUUUAUGUUCAGUGCUUUUGUGCGUUUCUUGGAGUGGAUCGUAGGUUAGAUUUUCGUUAAAGCUUUUGCUGUAUCCUGGUUACGUUGAUGGAAAUUAUGCGUUUCUCUCUAA